GAUGAGAGCAGUAGAAAUAUUAGAUGAUGAUACUUUUCUAGGUUCUGAGACUCACGGCAAUUUAUUUGUGUGCCAAAAAGACAGUGCAGCUACAACAGACGAAGAACGGCAGUUGUUGCCUGAGGUAGCACGUUUUCAUUUGGGAGAUAUUGUAAAUGUUUUUCGUCAUGGAUCUUUAGUUAUGCAAAAUGUUGGCGAACGUACGACACCUACUACCGGUUGCGUACUUUAUGGCACUGUAAAUGGUGCUAUCGGUAUAGUAACGCAAAUACCAGUCGACUUUUAUGAUUUUUUGCAUAGUUUGGAAGAGAGAUUAUGUUCUGUUAUCAAAUCUUUGGGUAGCAUUGAACACUCAUUUUUCAGAAGUUUUCAUACACAACUCAAAACUGAACCUAGUGAGGGCUUUAUUGAUGGAGUUUUAAUUGAGAGCUUUCUGGACUUGACUAGAGAACAAAUGAAAACUGCUGUAACUGGCUUGGAACUAACUGUUAAUGGCGAGAGAAAGCUUGCAGAAGUUGAAGAUGUCAUCAAAAUAGUUGAAGAUCUUACAAGAAUGCACUAAGAAAUAUAAUUUUAUAUAUUAUUAUUGCUAGUUUUUCAAAAUUAUUUAAAAUAAUUCAAUAUUACUGAUUUUAAUUACAUCCUUUAAACUUUGAUCAAAAAAUCGACUACACAAUUGCGUUAUUUUGUUUUAUACUUAAUU